AUGGCUACUCAACGCGCAGCUGCUGGUGUUUCGAUCGAUGAACAAAUUGCUGCAAUUCAUAGAAGCAAGGGAUUAACAAGUGAUAGUGAUUCCAAAAUUGGUCCAAAAAUACCUCAACCGCAAGAACAAAAUCCACAUCCACAUCACAUGCAACAGAAUCUUCAAUCUCAUAUGCUUACACAACAACAUAACUCACCUAUAUUUCCAGGAUAUCCUUCUCAUAAUUCGCAAGGUGCACCAGGAGGUCUACCUCCGGUAACAUAUUCCAGUUAUACUGGUUCUUCCGCACCUUUUUCCCACCAAUUACCAGGUUAUAUUACACCUGUAUCACAGGGUAUGACUGGUCAGCCAUCAUCAGCUCGCCCACCUAUUCCACCGGUUCCUCAACAUUUUCAUCGACCUCCUUUACCAGGUAUGGGAAUGAAUCCGGUUAAUGUGCCGCCGCCACCAAUGCCUCCUGCACCACAGUCUCAUCAAACGCCUCUGGUACCAUCACCAUCAGCACCUCCAGUACCACCAGUUAAACCCGGUCGUCUACUGGAAGAAGAAAAUGAAGUUUUUGGUAUAUCUAAACGUACAAAAUUAGAUAGCGGACUUUCAGUAGGAGCCCUAGUUCCUGAAGAAGAGUGGACGAUGAUUCAUCAGGCUCCAGUAAAUGUGCAGGUUCAAUGUCCAACAAUUCCUGAGAAAUCUGAAUGGAACUGUCAUGGACAAAUAAUUGUUCUCGAAAAUCUUUCGCUUGCAACUCUAGUUUCAACUGUCAAAGAUAAGAUCUUUGCAAAGUUAAAUUUUCCUGCUGGCAAGCAAAAACUUACAAUUGGAGGUGCAGUAAUGAAAAAUCAAGUUUCAUUGGCAUAUUAUAAUAUGGAAGAUGGAGUGAUUAUUGGGUUGGCUAUUAAAGAUCGGGGUAAAAAAUGA